AUGGACGAGAAUGCCGGAGAUAUCAAGAUAACAUGGGAAGCUUACAAGCAUGGUUCUGAUCCCGCUUAUUCGAGAGACCUGGUGGCUCAGUGGCACAGGGACCUGCAGGUGAUGAGUUCCCGGAUCAAGUCUAUGCGACAGGCCCUUUACGACGAACUCACUCGCUUGAAGACUCCCGGGACUUGGGAGCACAUCAUUCAGCAGAACGGCAUGUUUUCGUACACCGGACUUAGCCCGAAGCAAGUCUAUGCGCUCAAGGACAAGUAUCACGUCUACCUGCUCAAGUCGGGUCGUGCCUCCAUCAGUGGCUUUCAGUUUUUCUUCCCCGGCGAACAGGCUGAAGCUGAGCAUCUACAAGAAGAGUUCAUGGAUGCUACAGAUUUCCGUGAAAAUUAUUAUCCGAUUGAAAAAACGAGCGAAAUAUAUUUCCACCAGCGGCCGGCCAUUCAUUGCAGCGACCACCUAGGCCCAAAGUUAUAUUUUCCAAAUCAAUGGGAUCUCUAG